AUGGGAACAUCUUUCCAGAUACUCGCUGCUUUCGCUGUAGCCUUAUGUACAGCAUCCCUGACAGGAGCGCAAGCCCCCUCUAACAAUACUCCAAGCCCAAGCAAUGGUCAGUGUGGACGAGCCAACAACUUCCGAAUCGUCGGUGGCACCAAGUCCGCUAGCUGCGAGUACCCGUGGAUGGUGGUGGUUUACGACCAGAAGAACGGCUUCCUCUGUGGAGGGUCCAUCAUCGACGAGAGCACGAUCCUCACAGCUGGCCAUUGCGUUUCAAACCCGAACAGCCAAAGAAAGGAAGUUCCUUCAGCCCCGUCUGACAUGGUCAUCUAUUCCGGCUCUUCCAAGGUUACUUUUGACUCCCCUCCUCCUCCCGGUCUCCAUACCAACAGUGCCAGCAAGAUCACCGUGCACGAGAAAUACAACGUCAACGGUGAUCUCGAAAACGACAUUGCCAUCAUCAAACUGAGCAAACCUCUGACCUUUGACCGGUGCCAGCGUCCUGUAUGUCUCGUGGACGGCUCUAAGACACCACAGCAAGCUUCUGGCUGCAAGACCAUGGGAUGGGGAGUCACAAGCAACGGGCGCGAUGCCGAGUCACCGGACGACAUGUUCUGGGCAGCAGUGAACAUCGCCACAGACCAAAAGUGUAGGGACUCGUAUGGCGGCGACAGCACCACUUUCUGUGCCGGAGGAAACAACAAGGACUCUUGUGAGGGUGACUCUGGCGGUCCUCUGGUGUGCAAGGAAAUAGAUGGGCGAUACUACCAAUACGGUAUCGUCUCCGCUGGACAGAAGAACCAAUGUGGCAUAGUCCCUGGCCUCUACACCAGAGUCAGUGCCUUCCUCUCCUGGAUUAGCAGUCAUCGCAACUAGAGUAACAUUAUUAACUCAGAUUUGUGACAUGCAGUUAUCACAACAAACACUAUUUCAGAUUUGUGACAUGCAGUUAUCACAACAAACACUAUUUCAGAUUUGUGACAUGCAUCGGUACAUAUUAUCGUCUCCCAAAAAAUAGGUUUUAAAUAAAUUGUAGUGACUUCCCAACUC